CUUUUAACAAGAGGGGGACAAAAGACAUUUAAGUCGACCUAAGAUGAUUUGUUUAAAUUUUUGCAAGGUCUUACUGAGGUGAUGCAAAGUGAAACAUGCUUUCUUCUUUUUUGGUAAUGUGCUGGAAAAGCUUGAAAAUUGACCUUGAAUGUGCUUAAAAAUUGCUUGAAUUUGACCCUGAAAAAUGUGUAUGAACCCUGUUAUUAGUGAUGCACUAACCAUUGAAUUAUGAAGACAUACCAAAAUAAAUGACAGAUUUUAAUAUUUAUCUGUUUAAAAGGAAAUAUGCCAAAGCAGAGACACUCAUGACGGUCACUGAUGCGGUUCAUGACAUCGCGUUUGCUCCAAACCUGGGAAGAUCUUUCCACGUGCUCGCCAUUGCAACAAAAGAUGUUCGAAUAUUUAAGCUAGUUCCGAUGAGGAAGGAGAGCACGUCCACAGGACCCACCAAAUUUGAGGUGCAGAUUGUGGCUCAGUUUGACAACCAUAACUCCCAGGUGUGGCGUGUGAGCUGGAAUAUCACCAGCACCCUGCUGGCCUCCUCUGGGGAUGAUGGCUGUGUGCGCCUCUGGAAAGCUAACUACAUGGACAACUGGAAGUGCACCGGCAUCUUGAAGGGAGAUGGAAGCCCACUUACAGGUUCAUCCGGUCAGCCCUCAGCCAUGAGUACUGUGCUGGGUUCCUCUGUUCAGUCUUCCCAGAAUGCGCUGAACGGGAUGUCUGCAGGAAGGUAGGUGGCGUGGCACGUCUGACGCCACUCACCCAGCCCUGCUCAAGCCAGUCAGAACUGACAACUCUGGUUUUUUUUAACGCCUCACCCUGACUGGGAGUACAGCUGCUUACUGACAAGCGUGUUGGACUCGCACUGAUCCCGUGCUGCACUCAUGCAAAGAGCUUGGCUUCUGGUUUUCACCACACAGGUUAUCUACAUUGUGCCUGUGGAGCCGGAUGUGUUGUGGUGGUGAUUUCCUCUCAAUUUAUACUGAUGCAUGUAAUAAGAAUGGUUCCACUUUGCACCGUGAGUGCAAGGACUAACUGUUUUCUUAAUAUAUAAAAGGAAAAUAAAUGUGUUUAUAUGAGUUUGAUACGUGGCCGUUCUUUCAAUUUCUAAAGCUAUUUUGGGAUACAGAACAGAAACAUUGUGCUAUUAGGUUGUAUUCUGUAAAUGAAUUUGAUCAGCUUCAGUCAAAAGUCUCAACAUUUGACAUCAUGAUUAAACUGAAGUGGAGCAGGAAUUUUGUGAUCAUUAGGUUCUGAGCCGAUAGCAAAUGUCAGUCUUUUUACUGUUUUUGUUAUUUAUUCCUCCCAUUAGUUCUGCCUGGUCUUUUUAACCAACACAAAAUGAAUAUCAGCUGCUGAUGUUGAUAAGUACCAUCUUAUAUUAACAGACAUGCUGAUAUCACCUGAUACAGGCAUUUGGCCAAUAUAUGAAUGCAUCCUGAAUACUUUCUCCUUAUUUUUCUCUUUUGGAUUUGAAUGUAUCCUUGAACAAGUAGUGCCAAACUCUUUGCUGAGCAGAAAGGACAGCUUGAAUGAGCCGUAUUAACAGAGUGUAAACACACACACACACACAGAACGAGUGUGAAUACAGCCACUGCGAGCCUUGAAUGGAGUGAUAACACAUUCCUCUUUUUAUACAAAUGAAAUGUAUCCACACCUGUUAUUACUUCCUAUUGAAACCAUAUUUGGUCUGCUGGCUCAGCAGCUGUUCUUGUUUUUAGCCUUCAUUGUUCCCCCCUCAUUCGCACAUGAAGCACCAGGAAAAUUUGAACGAUAAAUAAAUUGUGUCUAAGCUCAGAGUGUGGCUGUAUUUAUGUUCAACUCCACCAUAACCUCAGACCUAACAAAAAUUUGUACGUACGUGUUUUUGACUCAACUUGUGAUUCCCCUCUAACCCGAGUAACACAAUAUCUGUGUAUUGUAAGCCAAUUAACUCAGUUCAGUUGAAUUUAGGCGUUUGCAGAGCAGCGUGUGGAGUUUUUCAUGUAUCAGAAACAAGUGUGAAGUGAGCUUUGUUUGAAGUAAUGUGCUGUUGUACUGCUUAUUGCAUGCAGG